AUGGUCAAGGAUACCAAGUUAUACGAUCUGUUGAGUGUUGCACCAACUGCCACUGAAGCAGAACUCAAGAAAGCAUACAAAGUCGGGGCUCUGAAACAUCAUCCAGACAAGAAUCAACACAACCCUGACGCCGAGGAAAAAUUCAAGGAAAUCUCCAGAGCAUACGAAAUUCUUUCGGAUCCUCAAAAGCGCCAAAUCUAUGAUCAAUAUGGCGAAGAAGGAUUGGAGGGUGGUGGAGGAGCCGGUGGAAUGAAUGCCGAAGAUCUAUUCUCACAAUUCUUUGGUGGUGGUUCUGCAUUUGGUGGUGGUGGAUUCGGCGGUAUGUUCGGUGGUGGUGGUGGCAUGCAACAACGUGGCCCACCAAAGGCCCGUACCAUUCAUCACGUCCACAAGGUUUCGCUUGAGGACAUCUAUCGCGGAAAAGUCUCCAAACUCGCUCUCCAGAAAUCCGUCAUCUGCCCCAAGUGUGAGGGACGAGGUGGAAAGGAAGGUGCCGUUAAGAAAUGUGCUGGAUGUGACGGUCACGGUAUGAAGACAAUGAUGCGCCAGAUGGGACCUAUGAUCCAACGUUUCCAGACUGUCUGCCCUGACUGUAAUGGAGAGGGAGAGAUCAUCCGUGAGAAGGACAAGUGCAAGGGCUGCAAUGGUAAAAAGACUACUGUGGAAAGAAAGGUUUUGCACGUCCAUGUCGACAGAGGUGUUCGCAGUGGACACAAGAUCGAUUUCAGAGGCGAGGGUGAUCAAACACCAGGCGUGCAACCAGGUGAUGUUGUUUUCGAGAUCGAGCAAAAACCCCACGACCGUUUCCAACGCAAAGACGACGAUUUGUUUUUCCAUGCCGAAGUCGAUCUUUCGACUGCCCUUGCUGGUGGAACCAUCUUUGUCGAACAUUUGGAUGAACGAUGGUUGAGUGUUGAAAUUCUUCCAGGAGAGGUUAUCAGCCCAGGAAGUGUCAAGAUGAUUCGUGGCCAGGGUAUGCCUUCAUAUCGUCACCACGAUCACGGAAACUUGUACAUCCAAUUUGAUGUCAAAUUCCCAGAGAAGAACUGGACCACCGAUCCUGCAGCGUUCGAGGCCCUCAAGACCAUUCUUCCACCCGCGCCAGAAGGCAUUACACCACCUACCGAUGCGAUGACCGAAGUUGCCGAUCUCGAGGAUGUCGAUGCCAGUCAGCAAGCUAGAGCCUCAGGUGCCGGUGCCAUGGACGAGGACGAUGAAGAUGGCCAAGGUGGCGAACGUGUCCAAUGUGCUUCUCAAUAA